CGCUGAAAAAAGGAUCCGACGGCCAGAACGCUCCGUAUCGCAUCGCCAGAUCCGAAGCUCUGACAGGCAGCGCCACAGGCCCGCCCGAGCGCAAUGGCAAAAAAGUCAGCCAGCGCCAGUGCGCCCACCCGCUUCCUACUCGCACACCUCUAUAAAUUGCGCACCGCUCCCCUCCCUCCCCCACAAUCCUCCAUUCCGACCAGAGCAAAGCUCAGAGCAACGCUACCCCGCCCCGCCCAGCAGAGUUCCAUCCCAAAACCGCGGCAAGAACGCCGUCCGGCAGCAGGUGCGAUGAGCUUCUCGUCGGCGUGCAAGCAGCAGGUGCUGGGCGCGGGCGGCGAGGAGGCGAGGGAGGAGGAGGGGGCGAUGGAGCUCAUCCCCGGCCUGCCGGAGGAGGUGGCCGAGAAGUGCCUCCUCCACCUCCCCUUCCUCUACCACCGCCUGUUCCGCACCGUCUCCUCCAACUGGAACAGGUUCCUCACCGACGCGCCGGGGGCCGCCGCCAAGACCAAGGGCUCGGCCCCGCCGGCGGCGACGGUCUCGCUCUCGCUGCCGUUCCUCUUCGCCUUCGCCUUCGACCCCGUCUCGCGCCGCCUCCAGUGCCAGGCGCUCGACCCCUUCUCCCGCCGCUGGCUGCUGCUGCCCCCGGUCCCCUGCGGCGCCGCGGCCGGCUCGUUCGCCGUCGUGGGCCUCCCCGCGCGCGGCGAGAUCUACGUGAUCGGCGGCGUGGAGGAGGGCGGCGACAAGGCCGUGAGCAGCGUGGCCGUCUACAGCGCGGCGACCAACGGGUGGGGGCAGGUGGCCGGCAUGAGGACGGCGAGGGGCUACAUGGCGGCCGGCGAGGUGGGCGGGCGCGUGGUGGUGGCCGGCGAGGACGGAGAGGCGGAGGUGUUCGACCCAGAGGCCGGUCGCUGGUCGCCCGCGGCUCCCCGUGGCGGCGCGGCCGUGGCGAGGUACGACGCGGCGGCGGCGGGCGGCAAGCUGUACGUGACGGAGGGGUGGGCGUGGCCGUUCGAGCGCGCGCCGCGGGGCGCGGUGUACGACGCGGCGGCGGACGCGUGGUCCGACAUGGCGCGCGGGAUGCGGGAGGGGUGGACGGGCUCCUGCGCCGUGUCGGGCGGCCGGAUGUACAUCGUGGCCGAGUACGGCGAGUGGCGGCUGAAGCGGUACGACGAGCCGCGGGACGAGUGGCGGAUGGUGGCCGGCGGCGGGGUGCCGCAGGAGGUGCGGCGGCCGCACGUCGUGGCGGGCCAGCUGGAGGAGGUCGGCGGCGGCCGGCGCAGGAUCUACGUGGUCGGCGCGGGCCUCGACGUCGCCGUCGGCACCGUCGUGUCCGCCGCCAACCACGGCGCCGGCACGGAGGAGGAGCGGGUGGAGUGGGAGGUCGUCAAGGGCCCCGAGGAGUUCGUCGGGCUGGCGCCGUGCAACGCGCAGGUCCUCUACGCCUGAGCCGCCAACCAAGCUCGUCGGCGCCAGGCACCGGCGGGGGGAAGGGAAAGGAGACCCGACCCUGGGCCCGCACGUCAGCCACCAGCGCCUCCGUCAUCGCCGAGCCAGUAGCUCACUGCUGACGCCGCAGCGGUCGGGCAGCUACUGUUACUAGUACUCUACUAGCCAGCCGAGCGCACGGGCGGGCGGCGAGGCCUGCCAUGCGGGGCCCGCGCGUCAGCCACCGGUGCGAGAGCCUGCUGAGCAGAGCAGGGGAGGAAGCUUGCGUGCGUGCGUGCGUGCGUGCGUGUAAAGGGCAAAAUGAUUACACCUGCAGCAAUGGCUCGUAGCAGUCCACCAGGCUUUAUUUCCCGCUUUAUCAGAGCAUUUUUCCCCUUGCGUUGCGUUUCGUACUUGGAGCGACGGCGUGGAGUGAGCUCGACGUCAACGGCAUAGUAUGUCCUCUCGCUCUCGACCCAACACCACGGGGUGGGACGGAUUGGUAUCUCCUCUUUUCCUCCUGGCCCGAUCGACGCGAGUGGCUUCUUUUUCCUUCCAAUUCUAAUGGGGGGAGUGGGCGCUAAUCAUGGCGCGACGGCGACGUCUGUGGCCCGGACCGCGCCUAGUGGGAGGGCGCGGGAUGGGGGACGCAUAAUGGCGGCGUCGCGUGCGUGGUGGUGGUAGCCCGCUAGGGUCCGUCCUAGCUCCUAGGGUCCUAGCCCGGUGGUACUACUGCACAAAUGGACUUUGAUUCCACUCCUCUUGUAAAAGUUUUAGGCCUUUUUGGUUCAUAGGAUAAAAAAAUUAUAGGAAGUGAGAUAACAUGCAUAUAGAAAAAGAGAUGUCAUUUGAUGCAUAGAGUAGAAAUUUUUUCAUUGAGUCUUAACUAAUGUUUUUUCCCUCUAAAAUGUGAAGGAUUGCUUCAUAUCCUACAUAGGAAUAGGAAUCCAUUCCUACAAACCAAAUGACUUUAAUUUUUUUCCCUUUGCAAAUCCUAUCCUAUAAAAUUCCUACAAACUAAAGGAGGCCUUAGAGCGUUUUAUUUCCUACACUAAUUUUCCGCGCGGACCUUGUUUGGAGCGCUGGAUUGGAGUCGAUAUGGUGUCUUUAUUCAUGCUUCGUCUUCUUCGAGCCAAUCUUCCGGACUUCGAUCCUCCUUGAGUCCAUUCAUCAAGAUGCAGACGACAACACUUCAGCGUACAUUUCUAUCAUCUCUUAGAAACAAUGCAUAAUAGGGCUAUUCAUCGUGCGUGUGCGACGGCGAGAAUAUGAUGCCAGUUGCUUCGGGUCGAUUCAAGGGUCCAAUGACGACGAUGGCGAUUCUGGCGCGCUAGUCCUUACGCGCACGAAAACUUCCCAUUUGUCGUCAAUUAAGUCAACUCGGCUUCCGUGGGCAAGAGGCGAUAGCAGCGCCUCGGCGGCUUCCUCUGGCGGCGGCAGUGGCCAUUCAGUGCUGCAGAUUCCUCAAUGUAACUUGCAACAUUAUGUUUAGAAUGCUUUUUUUUUUACUUUUUAUGACCAUUUGUAAUAAUAAUAAUAAUAGUAGUAGUAGUAAUAAUAGUAAUAAUAGUAAUAAUAAUAAUAGUAAUAAUAAUAAUAUCUAAGCAUUAGUUUUUUCACACAUUUUUUGAGGUGUUGCAGAAAAUGGGCAUGUAAUAAUAAUAUAUUUGAUGCA